GGUGCUUCAAACAUUCUACUUUGUACUUUCCCCAUUGUCAUUCUAGAAUGAGUCAAAAUAAAUUUGUCCAGGCCUUCACCGAAGAAGAAAAAAAGGCAGUUCAGGAACUCAAGUCCCAGUUGCCCGAACUCCUCAAGGCUACAGCUCCCGCUACUGACGAGGCACCUCUCAGUACGCUGUGGGGCGUCCCAUUGACAGCCGAAGGUGAAGAUGAGCGUGUGGACGUUGUGCUUGUCAAAUUCUUACGUGCCAGAAAUUUGGAUGUCAAGGAAGCCUCCAUCAUGCUUGCAGACUGUCUUAUUUGGCGUGCAAAGUUCAAAGCUGACCAUGUCUUGCAAGAAUCCUUUGACGAAAGUGUCCUUGGCCGUGUUGGCUUUGUUCACAAGACUGAUAAGGAGGGCCGCGUUGUGACCUAUAACUUGUAUGGAGGAGAUAUCGAUCUGGAAGCUGUUUUUGGUGAUGUUGAGAACUUUGUUCGUUGGAGAGUUCAGCUUAUGGAAAAGGGCAUGCAACAUAUUGACUUUGUCAAUGUCGAUUCCAUGGUUCAAGUCCACGAUUACCUUGGUGUCAGUGUUUUCGGCUCACGCACUCCUAAAUCCAAGCAAGCGACAAAGGAAAUUAUCAAAAUUAUGCAAGAUAACUACCCUGAAGUCCUGGCCAAGAAAUUCUUUGUCAAUGUUCCUUCUUGGGGAAGUAUGAUCUUUAAGCUUGUCCGCCCUCUGUUGUCUGAGAACACUGUCAAGAAGUUUGUUAUCUGCUCUAGCUCCGAGGCUUCAGAGAGCUUGCUUCAACAGAUUAGCAAGGAAAAUCUUCCAAAGCAAUACGGUGGUGACUCUGUGGUUCCAGAGCUCGCUAACCAUGACGAAAAGACAAAGGAGAAGGAGGCUCCUCUUCAAAACGACGAAACGGCCGAAGCUGAUACUUUGGGUGUCGACUGAGUGCCAAGCACGUCCUUCAUCAAUAACCUUGCUAGCACUCAAUGCAUAUAACUCCCCACUCUCCAUUUGUUUGUCGACCUUAUGAUUUAUUUCCCGUAAUAACUAACUAUUAGACAAGUCAAAUUCAAUAUCACAUAAGUUUCAUUAAAAAUCAGCAGCAUAUACAUCCUCAGAAGUGAUAAAAGUAGGCUACUAUGACGCGGUGUAUCCUUCG